ACGCACUACCGGAGGGACACCGGAAGUUGGUCGCGCUGAUGCGAGGCGCUCGCUAAUAGAAUUGGGAAUGGCAGUAGUGUGAGAGACAGGGCUGUAUGGGGGUGCUGGGAGGCUGCCCAUUCACUCGAGGGACAACAUGACAUCGCGUAACCCGCAUGUAGUGAGCGGCCAUAAACGACUCAGAGCGCUCCUCAAGAAAGAAAGGCGUCGAAAAAAGAGACAGGCCCUUGCAAAAUUAAGAGAAGAUGAUAAUAAUGAGGAUGAACCAUGUUCUGAAGAAGAAGAGGAUGAAGCUCAGCUUGAGAUUGAAAGGCAAAGGUUACAUGAAGAAUGGCUACUUCGAGAGACGAAAGCACAGGAAGAGUUUAAUCUGAAAAAAGAAAAAGAGGAGGCAGAACAGAGACGGGAUGAAGAGGAGAGACGAUUAAUAGCUGAGUGGCGUGAAAAUGAAGAAUUAAAAGAGAAGCAAGAAAAUGAGGAACAGAGGAAGAAGCGAGAAAGAGAGGAAGCUGUGCAGAGGUUGUUGGACGAAGCAGAAAACCAGCUUGAAAAUGGAGAUACCUGGCAUAACCCAGAGGCCCCAGAAGGAUACGGCACAGAAAAGGACCGAGCCAACUGCCCUUUCUAUCUCAAAACUGGCGCUUGCAGAUUUGGGGAAAGGUGUUCCCGUAAGCACAACUACCCAUCCUCCAGCCAAACGCUCCUUAUCCGCAGCAUGUUUGUUACAUUCGGCAUGGAACAGUGUAGGAGGGACGAUUAUGACACAGAUGCCAGUCUGGAAUAUGGCGAAGAGGAGAUUUACCAACAGUUCCUUGAGUUUUAUGCUGAUGUGGUCCCUGAAUUUAAGAAUGCGGGCAAAGUUGUCCAGUUUAAGGUUAGCUGCAAUUUUGAGCCGCAUUUAAGAGGAAACGUAUACGUUCAAUAUCAAACGGAAGAAGAAUGUUUGAAGGCCUUUACCCAGUUUAAUGGAAGAUGGUAUGCCUCUCGGCAGCUUCAGUGUGAAUUCUCUCCUGUAACCAGAUGGAAAACUGCCAUAUGCGGUUUAUUUGAAAGGCAAAAAUGUCCCAGAGGCAAGCACUGCAAUUUCCUACAUGUGUUUAAAAACCCAAACAAUGAAUUUUGGGAGGCCAAUAGAGACAUUCACUUAUCCCCAGAUAGGUCAGGGAUAUCAGAAAGAAAGGACCGAUCAAGCCGCCAUGGAGAUCACGGGCACCAUCGCAGGUAUCACAGCCCCAGCCCAGAUUACUCGUAUAAUAGGAAUGGAGAUUCUAAGAGGAAGAAGAGCAGCCGCCACAGCAAAAACAAGAAGAAACACCGCUCACGCAGGUCGAGAAGCCAAGAAAGGAAAACGCGCAGCAGUGGCAAGAAAAAACACAAGCACAAAAGCAGAGGUUCCUCCAGGUCCAGAAGCCGAGGUAGGAAGCGGUCAAAAAGCAAGGAGAGAAGUAAGAGCAGCAGUUCUUCCAGGUCAAGAAGCCGUGGAGGAAGACGGUCAAAAAGUCGGGAAAGAAGCAAAAGCCGAGAUCCUUCCAGGUCUAGAAGCCGUGGCAGGAAACAGUCCAGAAGCCAGGAGAGGAGCAAAAGUCAAGAUCCGUCUAGGUCUAGAAGUCGUGGCAGGAAACGAUCCAGAAGCCAGGGAAGGAGCAAAAGCCGAGAUCCUUCCAGUUCCAGAAGCCGUGGAAAACGGAGGUCAAAAAGCCACGAAAGCCCAAAAAUACACAAAUAGCUGUGUGAUAAGCUCCUCGCUAAGACUCCGAUGGUCCCUGCUGCCGUGUAGUCACCAACCCGGGCUUUGUUGGAAGGAAACCCGAACGGCGUUUCAGGCUCAAUAUCCAGCCUUUGCUGCGGCGUUCCAGGCUCAAUAUCCAGCCUUUGCUGCGGCGUUCCAGGCUCAAUAUCCAGCCUUUGCUGCGGCGUUCCAGGCUCAAUAUCCAGCCUUUGCUGCGGCGUUCCAGGCUCAAUAUCCAGCCUUUGCUGCGGCGUUCCAGGCUCAAUAUCCAGCCUUUGCUGCGGCGUUCCCAUGCCCACGCAGUACAACUGCAUGUAUUGCUAUAUUCUGGGAUCCCACAGUGAGUGAUGAUGAUGAUGCACUGCUGCCAAUGCAUAACCAAUUAACUGGAGUACAAAGCUUUGUUACAUAUGGGACAUUUGUAUAUUUAUAUGAAUGACGAUUUGUAAAUACUUUUAAAUAAAAUGUUUGAAAAGAU